UGAGUUGCAUCUUUAAAAUGAGAAAUGCAAUUGCAAGUGAGUAGCAGUAAGUGCAUCUGAAAAAUACAAGAAGCAAAGAGUGCAAGUUUUUGGCAAAAGAAUAACAACAGGAAAUGUCCAAAAGCCCAAAUUGAAAAGGAAUAAAAAUGUGCUAAAGGGGAUAAAAGAAUAAAAUACUGGCACAGUUUUAAAAAAUACUUUAUUUUCGAAUGCGAAGCAACAAUUCAAAGUUUUGCAACUUCUGCCUAUGAAGUUUGCAAUUAUGCGAAGAAGUAGCAAAGAAAGAAGAAGCGAUACAAAAUAAAGAAAAGUGUUAAAAUGUGUAAUGCAAUCAUCAGCAAUUGCCAAUUUGUUUUUCCACUGAAAGAAGUUUCUAUUACAACGAUAAUAAGUUGAAUUUUACCAAUCAUUAUCGUUACUGGAGGAUAUGUUUUAUUUUGUCCAUGUAAUUUAAUAUUCCGACGAUUCGUUUAUGAUACGGGUAAAAAUACCGCCACACAUGCGUCUGGCGCCGGACAUCGGUUUAUUAACGCAAAUUGUUAACUAAAGUGUUUAAAUAGAGUGCUAUUGAUUCAAUUCUACACUUAUAAUAAAUAACAGUGGCAAAAUAAAGGCCAAUUAGAAUAGGAAUAUAAUCUAACCAACAAUAUUCUCCACUGCAAUCGUCUAAUCGUGUGCCAAACCUAUUAAAGGAUGUAAUAAAUAGAAGUGAAUUGUGAUUUCAGCUAAAAAUAAUAUAUCUACUUUUUCUGACUUUAAGGAUAUUAGGGGAAUUCUAUCAAAAGGUACACAUACGAAGGUGAAGAUAAUAGAAGACAAAAAGGCAUCCUAAAUAGUUAAUCUGUACAAGAUCCGGUCGAUGUUUAAAAGGAAAAAGAAAAGAAAAUAAAUUAAUACAAAAAUCUAUCAUUGCAUGUGCAUGUCCCUCUGUAUAAUUUGACGACUGCUUGGGAGUACAAUUUAGCCAAAGUCUGUGUAUGUGAAUUUAUUUUCCCAAAAGUUGGCCUUGUAUAAAAAUGUUGGCAAUUUUAAAUACUUAUUAACGUCCAUAUAUACCUAAUAAAACGAAAACCUAAUAAAACGGGGAAAACUAAAGAAAACCUAAGUCUGAAGUUACUUUUGCUCUGCAAAAACAAAAAAAAGAAAACCAUUAAAUAAAAAUAAAACACACAACAUUUGUCGUCAUUAUCUUGCAUGUCUUUGGAAAAUCGAGUGUUUAAUGCAACACAAUAAUAAAAAAAAAUAAACCUUCAAUGGACGACACGUUAAGUAUCCAUGCCAUAGUUGUGGAAACAUUUUGCAUAAGGAUCCAUUAAAAGAAAGCAUUUGUUUAUAUUUUGGACUCUCCUGCCGACGCCACAUUGAUCUUCUUUGGCCUGGCUUGCAAUUCGUACAAAUCACUCUGCAGUUAAGAUUUGGUGCGUAUCACCGACAAUAAAGGAGAUAAAUUGUGUGCUGUCCCCUACGCGAAUAAACCUUGAUAAACACGUGCCGCAAAUCCAAAAAUUGAGUAUCUACCUUUUUGCCAUAUAUCACUGCACUUGUAUCAGCAGCAGCAGCAGCAUCUUUGGCUAAAAAAACAACAACAUUAAGCCACAAUUAAUUGACAAUUUAUAGACUAGGAAAAACUACGAGAUAACUUUUCGCUGACUAAAGAAGUAUAACUGUGAGUUGGUAAAUAUGGCAACACUGUUGUAAGGCUGGCUUACAUGAGAAUAAUAGCUGAAAUAACAACAACAUGGAUAACCCUGCCAAUGAAAGUAACAAUAGCAACAACAACAACGAAACGUCAAACGUUAAUUUGCCAAUGGCUGAAAACACAAUAGACUGUAAUUUACCUCCGCUCCACUCUGCAGGUUGUUCUGCUGAAGAAGAAGAAGAAGCAAAAGUAGAAAAUAAAGAAGAGCAGACAACACUUUCCUCCUCAACAAUAGAGGCAAAGCCAUCGAUUAUAGCUGGAGCAGCUUCAAAUGAAAUGAGCAACCAAGAGACUGAACAAGCGGCCAUAAUGUCCGAAGAAGUAACAAGAAAUUCUCCAAAUGCCUCUUCGUCAUCCACUCAAUUAAAUAAUGCAACAACAAUUGCAACAGCAACUACAACAACAACUUCAACUGCAAACUUAGCUAAUGAUAUCCCCCCAAAUGGCACAUAUGUUGCAGCCGGUCCUGCAUCCACUGCAACAAUGUCCUCCUCCCCUAGUGCGUCCUAUCAAUUUGUAACUCCCCAGAAACCGGCUGAAAAUAAAUCAAUUUUAUUGCAUCUAGGCUCGGCUUCGGCUUCUUCAUCGCUGUCACAGAAAACCAAGAAGAAACGCAAUAAAUCUUCCAAAUGUCUUGGUCACAUCAUGCAUGGUCAUGAUUCAUCGUCAUCGUUAUCUAAUAUGAAAACCUCAGUAUCGAUGACUUCAUUGCCACCAGAUGAGCAGCAGGAAAGUCGUGAUGGCAUUAAUGCCAAAUUGAAGGUGGAGAGACCUUACAAUAGUUUGAAGAAAAACACGGAUCGCAAUCUUAGUAAUCAACUUGGUCACAUGCAACGUUCUGGAAAAAAUAAUGGUAACAGUAACUACAAGCACCACCGCUAUUCCUGGGGUAGUGGCCACAGUUCAUCAUCUUUGCAUAGCAGUGCCACAUUGGGUAUUGGUUCGGGCAAAGAUGAUUUGUGGGCUGCCAUACAGACGAAUUACAAUUAUAUCAUGGACACAAACCUUUUGGAUACCUGCAAAGAGGCUAGAUAUGAAAUAGAGGGCGCGACAAGUGUCUUGGAUAACACAACGGAUACAAGUCUCAAGAUGCUAGAUGAAAAUACCCGCACUGUCGGCUCUAGCGAAGACCCCAAAGAACUACGGAAAUGGUUGAGAGAUAUGGAACAUAAACUGGAAAGUGCACCAACAUUGUCGGAAGCCACCAUGCUGUCUUGUGCUGAAUUGCAAAAACAUUUAACUGAACAUUCGGUGUUAUACCAUGAAAUAGUAUCACACGCUCGAGUGGUAAGUGCCUGUAUUAGAGCAGCCUCCGAAAAGGAGCAACAAUUGCAAUUGCAGCAACAACAGCAGCAGCAGCAGCAACAACAACAAUUACAUUUGCAACAGCCACACGAUUCCGAUGCCAGUUUAAUUGCGGAACAAACAAAUUCGUCACUUUCUUCCACAGAUGAUACAGCCACCACCUCAUCGGGUAUUGUCUGCUGUUCCAUAGAGUCGUCCAGCAAGCUGACCUCCUUGCCAGGCAGCACUGCCAAUAAUUCUUUGGGAAUUUCUUCUGUAGCCAACUCAGCAAUACCUUCUGCAACAACAUCUAAUUCCCGAAAAUCGGAAACCAGUUUGGAGCGUCUACAAAAUCGUUAUCAUUUAUUGUACCUGAAAGCAUUUGAGGUCCAAUUGUGGCUGGAUGGUUUAUUGAGAAAGAAAACUUCUUCAGUGGGUAAUUUAACUAAUGAAGAUCUAGAUAGCGAAGAUAUAGAUGAUUCAAUUGAUUCUUCAAACGAAGAUAGUUUCGAUGGUCAUGUAGAGCCAUUAGCAGCAGUUGAUGGCGCCACCGAGGAUGAUUUAAAUGAUUUGCCUUCCGAUUUAGAAAGUGACAUAAGACAUCAUUCAUUGUCAUACAACGAUUUGCAACAGCAACAACACCAACAGCAGCAUCAUCAUCAACAACACUGCCAUCACCAGCAACUGAUCCAUCAUUAUCAUCAUCAUCACCAUCAUUCUCAUCGUUGUUGCAACACCAAUGACAUCGAGGAAACUGAAACGUUGAACGUGUCUUCUCAACAGCAGCAGCAGCAGCAACAACAACCACAUCAUCCACUUCCAUCGUCUUCAUCAUCGACUUCACGUGAUUGUAUUCAAACUAAGCUUGACUGUGAAGACGACGAGGGUGACGACGAAGACGAAGAGGAGGGAUACGACGACGAGGCCGACAUUGAUGCUGACGAAAUCGAUUGUCCCACCAAACGUAAUCAGCGUAAACAGCAGCAGCGCGGCUAUACCAAACUUCUAGUCACCUUUGACCGUUCCAGCAAUCGAUCCUCGUUGGCUGGGCAUCAAUUUAAAACAAAUCUUAGCCUUACCGAUUUCGAAGCAGAUUCUGAAAGUUCAGAUUUGGAGAGUCUGCAACAGCGUAUACGCAAUCAGCGUGGCGACGGCAAAGGUUUGCUAAGCACCUAUAAAUACCUCAUAGCGAACGGUAGUUUUCCGCCAACGAAAAAAUACGCCUGUCACCAUAAAAAGCCAACGGCGACAACUUUAACAGCUACAUCAUUAGUCUUGGCAACAGCCACAACUAGUGCUUCGGCAUUGGCCACUUCACCGCCGGCAACGGUUGGAGUUGAAGUUGCUGGGACAAAUGCUGUGGCGGCUGCAGCCGGUGAAGUAGCAAAUAAUCCUACUGAACUAGAAAGUUGUGAAAUACAUGACAUGCAAACAAAAGCUGUAACAGCUACAACAACUGUUGUUGCCCAGACAGAGUUGCUGGUGAAUGCAAUGGUGGUAGCCAAUGAUCAUCAUCUGCAACAGCAGCAGAAAGUACUGCAUCAUCAGCAGCAGCAACAGCAGCAGCUGCACAAUCACCAGAGAUUGACCCUUAUGGCGAUUACACAAAAUAGCAUGACAACAGGUUCGGCGGCAGCAAAUCUGGCUCAAUCCUCAGGGGGCCUUUCUUCUUCAUCCUCUUCGUCGUCAUCGUCGGGUGCAUCGUCAGCCUCUUCGACAACUGGUAACAGCAGUUCUACCGGCGCUCUUAUCGACAAUCUUACCAAGCAACACAAGUUAUCGAAUGGCGGCGGCAGCAGCAGCAACAGUGACAACAAUCAGCAACACCAUCAUCAUCGCCAUUCGCACCAGCCACCUCAUCAUCACCAUCUGCCCAAUGCUGGUGGCAUCGCUGGGGUGAUGGGAGGUGUAGUAGGUGCUGUUAACGGUGCCAUGAAACAGAAAAACAUUGCCAUUAUUUCGCCCAACAAUAGUCACAAUGGCAUCGGCGGCGGCGGCAGCAAGGCUCAUCAUCACCAUCCGCCGCAGCACCACAAAUCGCCUACGGUGUUGCGCAAACACCAUCAUCAUGAACACCAUCAUGCCGCUGAUAUUUCAAAAUUCAAUCGUUCAAAUCGCAAAUCGAAAAAUUGUGCCAUUUUCUAUUUUAAGCACUUGGACACCGACAACGAGACCAACUACAGCAACAGCAACUGUGGCGAUGAUGUCCAUGAUAUGAUUGUUGGCGGCGAUGGCGUAGACAAUGGCAGCCGCCUUACUGUUGGUGUCGAUGAUGAUGGUAUUGUUAGUGGCGGCGCCCACCUAUCGUCGGCCGCUUCUUUGCACGCAAGUGAUCUUCUGAAAUCCGCUGAAGUCUCUUCGGAUGACGAGGGUUGGCUCUACACCGCAUCGGGUAGACACCAGCAGCAGUCUACGACGGCCCAUGACAGCUUGAAUUCCAAUCACAUCGCCAGAGUUAUUUCGUCGACAGCUUCAGGUGAUUUUCAUGGCUACGAUCUGACGUCGGCUGCUGGUAGCAUUCAAUCGGCCACAGUGUCAUCUUCAACCGCAUGCACCAGUGCUGUGGGUUCGACCAUAUUGGGUGACGCUGACUCGGAUAAAGAAAACAAGCAGGCUGCUUUAGGUUUGACAAAAAUCCACAAUUCCCCUGUAGCCUCCCCCACAACAUCAACAACUUUUGUGGUGGUCACCACAUCGCUGCUAGACUCAGAGGAAAGUUGCUCAGCCCUGAAGGAACAUUCUUCUGGUGCAUCUGUGGCAAGAUCCUCCUCCUGCGCCGUAGGGGCCAGCAGCAGUAGUCGAUCCAGCAGUAUAACCAGCAGUUCAUGCUCUUCCAAUGAUAUGCUGACGGAAGCCACUACAACCACAACUUCGAUGAAGUCGAAUGCAACAAAGAUUCGUUCCAAACCACAGCAUAAGCAGCAUCAACGCCGCGAAAUGGAAUUACAAAUCAAUAAUAAUCAUGGCAAUGGCCACCACCACAAGUCUCCGACAUCAACAACUAAGCAACACAAUAUUGUCAAUAACACUAACAACAACAACAACAACAACAAUGAUGCCAAUUCAUCGCCAUCUAUCAGCACAAAUACUCUGCACAAAACAAUCAACAAUGGCAACAGCAUGAUUGCCCCAGCAUCUUCCUCACCACCGCAACAUGCCAGAAAUUCCUCAUAUUCCGAUGAUGCUGCCAAUGGCAAUCUGGAGAAGGAAAAUAUACGCUCUUAUACACGUGCAGAUCUUUCCAAUAUCAAUGUCAAGCCCAAUGACAAUCAGCAGUACCACCACAGCCAGUACAGCCAAUACGGCUCACCUUCGGUCACUUUGAUGUAUGCCCAACAGUUGCAUGGCAAUAAUGUGGGCAAACGUUUGCCGCCACGUUCCCCAGCCAAAUCCCACACAUCCACCACUACCAGUACAUCGACUAUAUCACCCGUAAAGGGUAAAGUAUCGCAUGAAUCCAUCAAACAGUUGGUACUCGAAGCAGAGCAUUUAGUACGUGACGAAGCUUUGAAAACACCAACCAAGCCAAAGCAGCAUUCCAUCAAUAGCAGCGGUCUAGUGCAGAUAUCGUCGACCAUUAAAAAACGUGAAGUCUGUAUAAUGCCGGGUCCCAUCAAGCGAGUGCAGGAAUGGCUCGAACAUCAACCUUCCACACCGGCUCAAUUAAAGACACACUCACAUAACCAGGACCAUCAGCUAGUGUCUUCGCCCUCGAGUUUGGCGGUGGCGGUCAGUCCCGCACGCACCGAUGACUGUGAGGCUUCGGGUGAGGCCUCGGAAACCGAUUCGAUACCCCAACAAUGUUCGGAUGAUACCUCAGAAGGUUUUACUGAAUCCAUUGCCACUUGCAUGCAAACAAGCACCAAUUCCUAUGGCAAUUCCACCGAACGCAUGGGUGGCUCAGCCGAACCCAUGGUUGUGGCGAGCAGCAAUCAAAGUCUAAAUGUUAAGGUGGUCAAACGCCAACAGACUCGACGCAAGUCUGAAAGACCCUGGUCGGUGUCUUGCCUCUCCCAACUAACCACCGAUGCCAAGCAAGUGGCAGCCAAAGUAAGCACCAUAGCCAAUGUGCAGUCCGGUUUGGCUUCGCACUCCAUUAGCGAAUCGGCCUUGGACUCCUUGUCGCCGGGCAGACCACGCACCUCGUCCACUGCUGCCCAAGUGAAGAGCUACGAGAGCAAAGGUUCGUUGAAGCGGCGCAAAACGCGUAAGAAGAAACUCAAUUAUGCCACCGCCAAUGCUAGCAAAAAAUCCGACACCAACUCGGAAGAUAAUCAGCAAGCGGCCGCUGCCGAAUACAGCAAACAUCCACAGGCCAUGCUAUUGCAGUCUUGCGAAUCUAUGACGCCUCAGCAAAUGCAAGAAAUUACCCAAGCACUGUUGCAACUCCAAAACUGUGACGGCAGCAACACCAGCGGCGGCGGCAUUAACACCUCAAAACAAAUGGUGCACUGUGGCACUACAGCAUUGGCAAUGGCUUCAGCAACUAUGACAAGCACUGCCUCCAAUGGGGAGAGUGGCGAAGAGGAAAAUCAUUUGAUGAAGCCCAAUUUCCGUGUGGGUUCCUUUACAACCGCCUACAUGACCAAUGAGGCACGUCUAGGCUCCCUGGCCAAGCUGGCCAAUUACAUGAACGAUGAGGAACAACUAGGAGCUGUCACUCCGGUACCCCAAAAAUUUAAAGCGAGAGAAUACACAACGGGCACAGAAGAUCACCACAGCAGCUUCUCAGAGACAGCCUGGGAUAAUUAUCAAGAGAAAUAUAAUUCCGAAAAUUAUUCCGAAGGUUUUGAUUCGGAUGCUGCACGCAAAUUGAUGGAAUUCGGUGAUGACUAUCGUAAUUUCAUUGACUCACAAUCGGAUUGUUGCUCUUCACUGUCGGCUGCCAACAAUUUGGAUUCGCUCUCACCGCCGCGCAUGGACUCAUUGCAGCAGAACGAAUCGAAGAUUGUCAUAACACAAGACACUAUUGUCAGUAGUGUGGAUCAUGCUCGACGACGCAGAGCUCUUGAAUUAGAAUACGAAAGACGUCGCAAAAAUUUAGAAAUUCGACGCAAGUCUUGUCAAGAAUCUUUUGAAUAUCAAAAUCCCAAAAGUCCAACCGUCGUCACACUGUCCUCAUCCACUCAGGCUUUGACGCCCAAAAAUUCUGAACGUUUCAAUUUCCCACAACAUAAAUUGGAAUCAGCCACCAGAAAAUUAGAAUUCGGCAUGAGUCAUUCAGCACAAUCGCUAAGACGCACUUCGGAAAGUGAUACGUCACAGAGACGUCGCAAAGCAGAUGAGCGACGCCGUUCAUCGCGUAAUCUGGAGAAAUGCAUUAAGCUAAUACCGGCCACAUCCUCCUCAUCGGGUGAUGAUAGCGAUGAUGAAAAGGAAAUACGCAAUCUAUUGCAACAAUCACAUAAUCGCUUGGACGAUACCAGGGCACUAAAGAUUCGUUGUCAUCUAUUAAGGCCCGAGGAUUAUGCUGAAAUUAUCAACACUUGCCGCGACAACAUACGCUGCUUGGAAUCAGUAUUGAAAGGACCCUCCAGUUCGGUAUUGUCCUCGCAAUGUGUUACCCAAUCGAAAGAUUUAUUGGCUGCCUGGGAGGAUUUAUUGGGUUGGAGUGAAAAUGCUGCUGCCGCACGUAAAAUGCAAGAGGAAAUGAUCAUCUUGAAGCAUGCUCUCAAUCGUUUGGGCAAUAAAUCAUCAUUUGAACUUUUAGAUACAGAACCAUCCAUACAAAUUGCCAUUGAGGCUCUAAAGAAUGAGAAGGCCCACUUACAGACAUAUCGCACGGACAUGCUUAAAUUAAAUGCCUCCGUCCAUAGUUGGCUAACGAAACAGGAGAGACGUCUGCAAAACGCUAUUGUUGAACAACAAUUGAAGGAAGCUGCUGCCAAGGUUGGCAGCAUAAAAUUAUUGGAGGAGAAAGACGAAAUUGAGUCCGAACACAAAUCAGCAAAGGCUGUCGCAGCGCAGCAUCAAACAACAGAGGCAGAUAGCACAACAAUGGCCGCAGCGGUGACAAUGGCGACGACAACAUCUAACAAAACCACAAUGAUAACUGUCACCGAUAGCAAUGGCAAUCAAGUGGAAUCGCACACCGCCACCAUGGCAACAGCAACCAGCAAUGUAGGAACCUGUACCACCACUACUUCCAGCGGCACAAAUCCAAUGACAUUAGUGGCUGGGGAGAAGAAUUGGGACUUACAAUCACUGAUAACAUCGGAAAAUGAAUUCCACAAACAUUUAAAAGACGAAGUCAGCGAUAUGUACACAGCCUGGGACGAGGCGGAUCUAAGAAUUAAUUCACAAUUGGAAGUUUUAACAUCAUCUUUGACGGCCUGGCGUCAAUUGGAGUGUGGUCUUUCGGAGUUCCAAUUGGCUUUGGGUCAAGAUCGUGGCACUUUGCAAGGUUUGGAGGGUGCGUUGAAGACGGGCCGGGCCACUCCCGGAGAAUUGGCCCAAAAUGUCAAAUUGGUAGCUAAAUUAUUAUCGGAGAAGGUCAAUGUCAGCCAGGAGCAGUUAACCGCUGUGCAGGAUUACUUGGAUCCUAAUCAUAUUCUUUAUAUAGCCAAAUUUACCGCCUCUAAUGGUUCUCUCUCAGACUCCGGCAUAUCCGAUGGUGGUGCUACUUCUGAUGGUGGUCUAUCGGAGCGUGAACGCCGACUGGGUGUCUUGCGACGUUUGGCCAAACAAUUGGAGUCGGCUUUGGCCCCCGGCAGCGAGGCCAUGAAAUCCAUUGCGGCUCGCAUGGAAUCAGCUGAGAAUGAUCUGAAGAGUCUUCAAAAUACCUGCAGGGAUCUUAUAGUGAGAACGGCAGCCUCCCAUCAAAGUAAAAAGCAGCAGUUACAAGAACAGGCUGCCGAUAAAAGGGACCAAGGCAAUGAAAACAAAUCCUUGCAACAUGCUAAUGGUUGUGUAAAGGCCUCUCAUAUGGGCAAUGGCCAUGUAAAGCAAGACACAGCAGGUGCAAAUGCUCAAAUGACUCUCCUUAACGGUAAUGCUUCCUCAACUUCCGCGUCCUCAUCCUCGGGUAGACGUAGACGUAGAAAUCGGCGUUCCUCGGCAACGGCUCCAACGAAUGCCGUUGCCUCUGCCGAUUUGGCACAAAGCAAUGCCUUAAAAAUGUCCUCCACCACACCAGGCGAUGGUGAUGAAGAUCCCUCCGAUGACCCCUCAACCUAUGAUCUAGACUCAUCUGACGAUGAGCUCAAUCCUAAGUCGAAACGUGGCUGGGCCUGGCGCAUUGCUCGUGUGGCUGUGCCCAUGCAAUUGGCCCUGUUCACCGUCUUUUGCGCAGCUUGUAUGAUGCAACCUAACUGCUGUGACAACAUCAACAAUUUAUCCAUGAGCUUUACGCCUCAAUUGCGCUACAUAAGAGGUCCUCCACCCAUUUGAAGGGGGUUCACUUGGAGAACACAUAAGCCAAUGGCAGAGGCGAAAGAAGAGCCUUUCGCCAUUGCCAAUGAUUUGCAUGCAUUACUAAGGUCUCUAUAAGUUAGGGAUUAUGUUAAGCUUAAGGACCCUUGUUUUACGGAAUCCUCAAUCACACACAUUGGGAUUCCCCAAAACCACAAAUAGGGCAUUCAGAAUACAAAUCACUUCAGACCGAGCCAAAAGGCCAUCAUGAGCGCAAAGCGUUUGCGUGAUAUCCGCAAACGCUACAAACACAGAGUACUACGUCUAAGUAUUUGUUUUAUGUAUCUUAAGGUGUAUUCAAGGUUAUGAUAGAUUUUAGGGAGUUAAAGAUGAAAGCUCGGGCCCGCCAGGCAAUACAUACUAAAGCGGCGCAGUGCCUUGGCAGCAGUUUUAAGAGGUUUUUAUUUAAAUGAAUUGAUGCAUUUUUUGUUUUUAUUUUGAAAAACUGAAACGGAACACACACCACAUACACAGAAGGGCUAAAACUAAGCUAUUUUACUACAUGAAACAAGGAUAUAAAUCAUCCAUUGCAGAUAGAGAUACAGUUUGGCAGCCACAGGGGUCCAAACCAGACAUCCACCAUCAAUAGAUUAUCAGUGACUUAACAAAGCAUUGCAGUAGCUGACAAGUUUUGAGACAGCUUAAAGUUGGCUUAAGCUUAAAGCCUUUUCUACUUGAGCUCGCAUACCAAAUAUCGUUUAAAAUGAAAUCAUGAGCAGCAUUCAGCAUUCAGAAAAUCGCAAACUAUUUCGAAGGGUUGUACAAGUGGUUACAACUUUUCAUGAAUUGAGCCUUGGGAAGCUCUGAAAAUAAAUGAGCUAACGAAAAUAGCGUUGAACGUUUAAAACUUUGCGAUUAUUUGUUUUUGAAAAAUAUUAGAAGUUUUACUGCAAGAAACAAAACAAAUUUUAUUUGCCAACUGGCCAAGUUUAAGCUUAUUUUAAAAAGCAGCAUAUAUUUUGAUUUAGUUCUUUAUAUGUAGACAUUCAAUAUAUGUUCUAUUCUACAACAUACAAUUCUAAGUUCAAUUACAGUUUCGGAUUUUAGUGUACUUCAUUCUACUUCGUAUUAGUAAUUCGUUUGUAUGGUUAUCUUUAGUGCAUCUAUAUGAAAUGAAAAACAACACUUUCUAAAUAUUAUCUUUACUUGUAUAAUUUCAUCCUUUUCUCCCACUAUGCCCAACCUCUCGUUGUAUAAAGUCAACCUUCUUGUGUAUUUAACUAUUUAUUUGUAUAUUACUUCCCGCCCCAGGGAGUUACCUUUUGAACUCUUUAUGUUAUUACUCUUAUUAAAUCGUACUUCUUUUUCUUUCUUUUUUUUUUCUUGCUAUAUAUAUUGUAUUGUUAUUACUUUAAUUCACAAAAAAAAACACGGAAACAUAUAAUUUACAAAACUAAACUAAUUUAAAUGAGAAUAUUUUUAAACAAAAAUAAAGCAAAACAAACAAGCUCUACAUCAA